AGGGGCGCUCACGUGACGCGCGGGGGGCGGCGGUUGCCAUGGCGAGGAGGGUGCUGGUGCCCCUCUGCCUGUGCUGGGCCUUGGGCCCCGCCGCGGCCUCCGCGCCCCCAAACCUCCUCCUCCUCCUCAUGGACGACAUGGGUUGGGGUGAUUUGGGAGCUUUUGGAGAGCCUUCUAAGGAAACUCCUAACUUAGACCAGAUGGCUUCAGAAGGGAUGCUUUUCCUAGAUUUUUAUACUGCCAACCCCCUCUGUUCUCCGUCAAGGGCAGCACUGUUGACAGGCCGUCUCCCAGUGAGGAAUGGUUUUUACACCACGAAUGCACAUGCCAGAAACGCAUACACACCACAGGAUAUAGUAGGAGGAAUUGCAGAUUCUGAAUUACUGCUUCCAGAGUUGCUGAAGAAAGCUGGCUACAUCAAUAAGAUCAUUGGCAAAUGGCAUCUGGGUCACAGGCCCCAGUUCCACCCCCUGAAGCAUGGGUUUGAUGAAUGGUUUGGGUCCCCAAACUGCCAUUUUGGACCUUUUGAUAACAGAGCGCUCCCCAAUAUCCCUGUGUAUAGGGACUGGGAAAUGAUUGGCAGGUAUUAUGAAGAUUUCAAAAUUGAUCGGAAGACAGGUGAAGCCAACUUGACUCAGAUCUACCUGCAGGAAGCUCUCGAUUUUAUUAGCAAGCAGCAGGGCAGCCAGCAGCCAUUCUUUUUAUACUGGGCAAUUGAUGCUACCCAUGCUCCUGUUUAUGCCUCCAAACAGUUCCUGGGCACUAGUCAGAGAGGACUAUAUGGGGAUGCUGUGCGAGAAAUUGAUGAUAGCAUUGGAAAAAUCCUAAAACAUCUUCAGAAGCUGGGUAUCAGCGAGAAGACUUUUGUGUUUUUCACCUCUGAUAAUGGGGCUGCUCUCAUUUCAGCUCCUAAACAAGGAGGAAGCAAUGGUCGUUUUCUGUGUGGUAAACAAACCACCUUUGAAGGUGGCAUGAGAGAGCCAGCUAUUGCUUGGUGGCCCGGACAUAUACCUGCAGGAGGGGUCAGUCAUCAGCUGGGCAGUGUGAUGGAUCUCUUCACCACCAGCCUCUCCCUGGCGGGACUGCAGCCUCCCAGUGACAGGCAGAUUGACGGCAUCGACCUUUUACCUGCCAUCUUGCAGGGCAAGCUAAUUGACAGGCCCAUAUUCUAUUAUCGUGGCAACGAGAUGAUGGCGGUGAGAGUCGGGCUUUACAAGGCUCACUACUGGACCUGGAGCAACUCCUGGGAGGAGUACAGCAAGGGCAUUGAUUUCUGUCCUGGGCAGAAUGUCUCUGGAGUGACAACACAUACACUGGAGGAGCACACUACCCUGCCGCUGCUUUUCCACCUGGGGAUGGACCCUGGAGAGAAGUACCCAUUAAGUUUUCCCAGCGAUGAAUACCAAAGGGCUAUGGAGCGAAUAUCUGUCGUUGUCCAGCAGCACAAAGCGACCAUGGUGCCAGGGGAGCCGCAGCUUAACGUGUGCGACAAGGCCGUCAUGAACUGGUCUCCUCCAGGCUGUGAGAAGCUAGGGAAGUGCCUGAAACCACCCAAGUCUGAUCCUAAGAAGUGCUUUUGGCCUCAUUGAUCUUCCCUGCAGCCCUCAAGAGCUACACAGAAAAGCUAUAACCAGCUGGACAUACAGUUUACAAAGCAUGUCUUUUCACGUUGGCACUCCUGUUUACACAGGAAGGGUGUGAUGUAUGUAUGAUAUCAUCAUUUGCUCUUCCAAAAGGGCCAGUGUUUAUAUUGCUAGUGCUCAGGGUUUAGCCUGUACUCUUGUGGUGUUCUGGUUGUUUCCGUAAAUGGUAACUUUUCAGUGAAGACUGUUUCAACUGUAAAAGCUCUCUGGACAACCACAACUCUGCCAUCACCUCAGAAAUGCCAUGGAUGCACCUUUCCUCUUGCUUCUUCCACCCAACCUGCUCUCUCAAAUCAUUUUUCGAUCGGAUGCCCCUACAGCAGCCAUGAGGGACUGUUCAGGAAACUUACAACUGCCAGCAAACCCUGCCCAAACUGCCCUUGUUUUGUUUGCCUGUAACUUGUUGGUUUAACAUUUGAUUUCCAUUGUGAACUCUGGACACCAACUUGUUUUUCCUUUCUCUCUAAACUUGUGAGUACUGGGUGCAGCUGUACAGCCCAGACUGCUGCUGUGCAUCGCUGGGUGCAAACAAGUGCUCCCUCCCGUUCCUGACUAAGGGGUUGGCUCCAGGGAGAACACCCUGCCUGCCUUCCAUCUGUAGCUGCAAACAUUCCCUAGGUAACGGUAUAAAGAAAUUUGAAGAUGGUGUUCAUGUAAGUAUUGCCUUAUUGAUGGUGUGCAGGAUGUUCUUGUGGAGCUGGGGGUCAGUUGUUCAUUUCAGGGGUUUUCUUUGUUUCCAAAAAUCUGGGUCCAAAUAUGGUUUAAGUCACACUUCUAGUCUCAUGAUCUGGGUCCAGCCAACUGCAGGCUCAGAAAUGCCCAUUUACAUCAGAUGUUAACUCUUGACCCUGUUUCCAGUGUACGCUCUCUGAGGAAUUCUCCUUGUGCAAACUUUCCACAGCCUGGGUGUAGCACUUCUCUAAACAGAGUUCAUGGUAAAUGCUGGUCCUUUGCACAGUUCCACAUUGCAGAUUUCUCAUCUGCUUUUGAGCCUGUUUCACACCCUUCGCUAUUGCUAAUUAAACGUGUCUCGAACAAAACUGCGCAAGGUUACUCUGGGGCUUCGGGGGAGUAGUUAGAAGCAACCCUGAACAUGCUGUUUGCGCCACUGACAGCUCCACUUCCACCCCUCCAGUGUUUUGUACAAUACACAAGCCCUCUCCGUAUGGCGUUGUGCUGCCUUGGGAAAAAUUGAGGUGCUCUGUACCUGUAAACAGCCCUACUUGCUUCCCAAGCAAAGCUUGGGGCUGACUUGAGAUGGGUUGAGAGCUCUGCUUUUCUGGUAACUGCUGUGCUACUGCCUGCUACGGGCUUCUCAGCUGCUUGUUCUUACCCUCCCUGUAAUCCCAAAUGCUCUCAUUCUCUCCGUUCCCAUGGUUUAUGCUACCUGUAAUCCCCUCCACAGUAUUUCCUACUGUAUAUCUCAUGAAGCUGGAUAAUCCUAUAAGAUUGUAAUAAGAACAGCAGUUGAGUCGGCUCUUAACUGUUCCACCUAUCAGAAAUCACAGCCAACAUUUCAUCGGCUGGCAGAGCCUCUGAAUCUCUGUGCAUCUACAAAUGGCAUUUGUUUAUAGUCCAAAUUUCUUAAUUGCCUUAUGAUGUUCCCAGUUGUCCUUCAAGUGUAUCAAGGCAUUUCCAGUUCAUCCAUAACGUUUCUCCUUGCUUUGACAUAGUGCGGAUAGCUCAAGUCUUGGGAGAUUCUGAUCAGCCUAUUCUUCAGUGAUGCUGUGUGAGAAGGACUGGUAGGAGGACUUGCAGCAGUCAUGUGCGUCUGGCAGCACAGCAGACCAGACAAAACCAGUAACUUCCCAUUUUCUGGGGGCUGUCCACAUCUGCUUUAGCGCUUUAGCGCUUGUGUCACCCCAAAGUGUUCAGGGCCCUGCAGUUCAUUAUUAUCAGCAGAUGAAGGUACCACCAGAGGAGGGAGUCUGUCACUGCAACUCCCUGAAAAUCCCUGUCAGCCCUCAAAUAGUUACGAACGUAUCUGCUGCGACUUGUAACAGUGCUUUGUCUUUCUACCUGCUGCUUAUUAAGAGAUUGCAUCGCAGGAUCGCAGCUCAUUGUCUGAGCGCUAGCCCAGACAUGUUUCUCAGUUCUUGGCAUUUGCAGUAUGCACAUCGUGAGCGUACUGGGUGCCUGCUACCCUGCGUCCCCUACCUGUCUGGCUGCCACUUUGUUCUUUACUCUUUCACAGCUUGCAGUUUUGAAGAUACUGCUUUUCCCCUGCCUGUGUAACUUGCUUGGACAAGCCAUCCUGUUCUCAGAACGCACGGUGUUUGUCUGGUUACCCAGCACACAAAGUCCUCAUUCCUCAUUGAAAUAAUCUCUCCGUGCAUAGAUACUGGAUGUAAACUUUGCACUAGAAAGCUGGCUGCUACAAGUGAAUUGACUUGAUGUCUGUUUAUUAUUUGCUUCAUGUCCGUUUAUUGUAAAAGAUCAAAGCUUAAUGUGAAGAAGCUACUGCUCUAAAUUUAAAUAAGAAUAGUAGUUUUACAGCUGGAUAGCUAGGAAGAAUUCUAAAUCAAUGCCUCUCCCAAAGAUGUACAGGUUUUAAAGUUGUGAGAUGAAGAAAUAAUGAAGAAAAAAUAAACUAUCAGAAAUGCA